AUGACUGAAUCCACUCUUCCCAUGCCCCCAACCCCGGAGGACUCGCCUUGGGACUUCUCCCAGGCCCUCAGCCUCAUCAACUCGCUCUCGCCCAAGCCGCAGCCUGCCGCUCUUCGUUCCCGGCCUCAGCAUGACGAGCUAAACCCUUUCGCCCCCGACGAGCCAUCCAGCGGUCUCGGCGAUUUCAACAAGGUCUGGACAUUUCUGGGUGUGCCGCACGACGCGCCGCCACCCCAACUCCCGCUCCUCACUCCACCGCCCUCCGAACCGAGUGUCGACAAGGAGAAGGAGGCCUACGCUUCCGAUGGUGCUGCCUACCACCAAGCCGACAACGGUCCAAAGUGGCACGCUUCCGAGGAAGAUGACCCGGACACCGUCGCCAAUGGCGUCGACGAUGUCUUCGGCACUGCCGCCGCAGACGUGUCCGACGCUCCGGCCAAGGACCUGCCCGGUCUCACCAAGACUCGGCGUAAGCGGGAAAACCGCAAGGCUCGCCGCGCUGCCGAAGAAGCCGAGAAGCGGGUGACCAAGCCAAAGACCAUCAGUGAUGCUGAGUCUGGAGGUGACGCUCAGUCCCACACGCCAGCUCGCAGGGCUGGUCUUCAUACCAUGGGCACCCCUGUUCCUGAGCCUCGAUACGACCUGCGAUCGCGCGCGAUCUAUUUGACUCCCCAGGCUUCAAACAUUAAUGAUGUUCCUGCACCACAUGCGGCUCCUUCCACCGAACCCCACAAGGCCGCCAGCAAGUCUGGCGCACACGUGUUUGCUUCUACUUCGAAACCCAUUGAUAUUCCGAGGAAGUCCAAGAAGCUCGAGGAUUCUGCAAUCCCCUUCAAGCUUUCCGGAUCUGACAAGGACGAACCAUCGAAGAAACAUUCCAGUUCUCCAGUGAAGAAACGCGAUGCUCUCAAGUCUCGCACUCCGCCCAAGCAGUCUGAACCCCUUCCUUAUAGUUCCCCUGCACCUGUAGGUAUGAAGUCCGGUUAUCUCGAUGCCAUAAUGAACCAGAGACCGCUGUAUUUCCAAGGCGCCGGAACGUCUCCUUCACAGCAGCACUCGAAUCCCUUGACCAUUCGCGACAAGGACGACAGGAACCUCCAUUUCUUGUUGACUCUCAUCCGCAACUUUGGCGAAGACAAGCACUGGCUGGCCAAACCUGCCCAGCUUGUCAACCACACACAGGCGCCUGAUGGCGUUCAUGUCUUCAUCGACUUUUCCAACAUCCACAUUGGAUUUCAAAACUGCGUCAAGACGAUGCGUGGCCUCCCCGUGCAGGCUCGCAUUCGCCGCGAGGAUAUUGAUUUCGAAGCUCUUGUCUUGCUGAUGGAGCGACGCCGACCGGUUGCCAAACGCGUUCUUGUGGGCUCACUCCCCGCCAUUCCCACUUUCGAGCGGGCGAAGUCGAUUGGAUACGAGACGAACAUCCUGGAUAAGGUGUUCAAGGCUCGCGAGCUUACUGAACGUCAGAAGUACUUCCGUCAGCGCGAAGCUCGUGAGCAUGGCACUCACCGUGCCUCUAGUGGCGGCGAAGGCAGCGGCAGUGGUUCUGAAACGAACACUGCAGCAACCCUGAAGGCCAAGGAGGCAUGGGUUGAGCAGGGCGUGGAUGAGAUUUUGCACUUAAAGAUGCUGGAAUCCGUUGUCGAUGUCGACAAACCCUCCACCAUUGUGCUGGCUACCGGCGACGCCGCGGCUGCUGAGUACAGCCAAGGCUUCAUGCGUAUGGUCGAGCGCGCACUCAAGAAAGGGUGGCGCGUCGAGCUUGUCUCCUGGCAAGCCGGCAUCAGCAACGCCUACAAGAAACGCGAAUUCCGCCAGAAAUGGGGAGAAGCGUUCCGCAUCAUCAGCUUGGAUGACUACGUUGAGGACUUGUUGGACACUUGA